UCCGCGAUGGGCCCGGGGGACUCCCGCCGCCGCCGACAGAGACCCUCCCGCGGGUCCCACGGAGUCCCAGGCAGAGCGGGGCUUUGGCCCCCAGCCCCUCGCCCCGCGCGCGGCUUCCCCGGGGGCAGCAGGAGCGUGCACGUCCAGGAGGAGGCCCCCGCCGCCAGCCCGCUGCUGGAAAACCUCAGGCGGCGGCUGGUGAGCGCCUUCCACCGGGCGGUGCCGCGCGGGGGCUCGAGGCGCUCGCGGGAGGCGGCGGCGCGGGAGGAGCGGAGCCGGGCGCGCGUCGAGAGCGCGCUGGGCCGGCUGCGCGCCGAGCUGGUGGAAAUGCGUUUCCAAAAUCGCCAGCUGGCCAGAACUUUGCUGGAUUUAAACAUGAAAAUGCAGCAAUUGAAAAAGGAGUAUGAACUGGAAAUUGCAUCAAAAUCUCAAAGCUCAGAAGAUAAUGCUGUGAAUCUGGAAUAAGGAAAUGCACACUUGAAGAUCUGAACCCUAAAAAUAACAUAGACAUCUCCAAAACAAUUCUGACACUAACAUCAUGGAUGCCUUGCAUAAGAUUUUAGGGGCAAUUUGUGGGCCAAAAACUUAGAUGCCACGGGGAAGCGACAGAAAACAUCUAAGAGGGGCAAGAUAGAAAAUGAUGUAUUACCAAAUUUUAACGUUAUUUAUUCAUUGUUUCGG